AUGGAUGUGCCGGAGUUCAAUCAGAAGGCUUUACUACAGCGGUGGCAAGAUGCCUACCAGUCUGAUCAAGAUGCCUUCGAGAAAGCAGUGUAUGCCCACUUCACUGAUUUCGUUGCUGUGGUUUAUGGAGCAAACCUGGACAGUGAGAAGGAAGAACGUCGGGCUAGGAAGUUUCUCUUUCAUCCUUUAGAAGAGUUCAUGUGCCAAGGAGACCCAGCAACACGCUUUCAACAGCUAAGUCAUGCAGAUGAGCCUUCUCAACUCUGUGGGCACAACUUUAAACACGGAGAGCCGACUUACUCCUGCAGGGACUGUGCUUACGACCCCACAUGUGUUCUUUGUAUAACCUGCUUUCAAAACAGCUCCCAUCGACACCAUCGAUAUCGGAUGAGCACAUCAAGUGGGGGAGGGUAUUGCGACUGUGGAGACACUGAGGCCUGGACUGCAGACCCAUUCUGUUUACUGCACAAGCCCAGGAAAGAAGGGGAGACUGAAAGUGUGGACAUGCCAACUCAGAUGCAAGAAUUUAUUGCUCGGACAUUCAGAUGUGUCCUCAAGUAUGCUUCAACCCUUCUCACCUGGAAUUUUAACUUGAUUUUGCCUUUGGGUCUGGGUCGUGGUGGUGAUGCUGCAGCUAGCACCACAUAUAUGUGUAUGCUGUACAACGAUGAAGUACAUACUUAUGACCAGGUUAUCAGCACUUUGCAACGUGCUGUGGACUGUAACCAGAGACAGGCGUUGGAGUUUGCCACUGUUGUAGACAGAGAGGGUCGUAGUUGUGUGAAGAUUGGCACUUUAGAGGAGUGUGAAGCUGUCAAGCAAACUAUUGAGAGGAACACCUCCCGUCAUGGCAGCAAGCCACUGAAAGUUGAAGUGAUGAUCAAAGAUGUUGUGGCCCACCAGCAGUUUUCCCUGAAGAUACUCACUUGGCUGCAGAUGAUCAACGAUAAAGCCAGUUCUAUUCGAAGAAUACUAUGUUCCACCCUAAUGGAAACCACUGGCGUGUCUAAUACCUUGUCUGUGUUAGAGCAUUUCAUCAAAGCAGACACUAGGCUUUGGAAAGUUGCCAGAGUUCAGAGCCACCAGUUGCUGAUGUCAUGCGUUCUAAAAGACCCUCCUUCUAAAAAACAGUUCUCUGUGAUAUUCACAAAGUGGUAUCCAUAUAUGGUCCGAGAAUUUAGUGAAGACGAUCAUGACCAUGACGUCUCCAUGCCCAGCCUCUCUGUACAGAUUUUUACUGUUCCCAGUUUGGCUAGGAUGUUGAUCGCAGAACAUGAUCUCCUCACUGUGAUAGUGAAGGCAUUUCUUGCAGCUUGUGAGCGGAAGAAAAACCAGCAAGGAAAGUUAUCCUUUGACAGAGCAGAAAGAAACAGUGUGUUUAAAAGGUCCAUGUUUGUCCUUCAUGACCUAAAGUAUGCCCUAGUAUGCAAACCAACAACCACUGACGAAUGGUCUGAAUCUCUGAGAGACAAUUUCUUGAGUGGGUUGACUGCCUUCCUGAGACUUCUGUUUCUGAUACAGGGAAUGGACUCUGUGAAAAGACAGACAGGUCAGCACCUAGAAUUUGAUCCAGAAUGGGAAGGUGCAUUUACUAUACAGAUUAAAUUGGAGGAUAUCCUUGUGCUUUUCUGUGAAUGGUGUGCAUCUGAUCGGUUCCUUUUAAUUGAAGGCUACAAAGCCACAAUGGAGGCACUGAGCUACUGUAGUGAAGUUGCAGCGAAAGAAACUGUUUCAGUUUGCUCCCACAGCUGUGAAGUAAUUAAGCAUGAUGUUGCCUCUGAUCCAGUCUCAAUUCACUAUCCCCUGAACAGAUUUCUGGCAGCACUUCACGUUCACCUGGAGACACAUGGACUCAGCUUUAGCUCUCCGGAACUGCAAAAUCCGAGAUUAGCUGAGAUGGCUCAAAGUUUUGACAUGCCAAUGUCCGAGCCUGUGAACGUGAAAGAGCUCAUGGAACCAGCGCUGAGAAUACAAGUUCUGCUGGCCCAGUCGCAGGCUGGCAUGUGGCGCAGGAAUGGAUACAGUCUUCAGAAUCAGGUUUUUUUCUACACCAACCUGAGAUGUAGACAAGAAAUGUACGAUAGAGAUAUCAUAAUGUUGCAGAUUGCAGCUUCCUUGUUGCCUGGGGAUGAUUUUAUGGUGCAGCUCCUUAACAAAUUCAACCUCUUGAACUGGGCAAAGAUGGAAUAUGAUAUCCCCGGAGGGCAAGAGGAUUCUGUGAGACAAACUGUGACUCUUGCUGAAGAGUUUCUCAGUCUGCUUAUUGUUUUAAUGGAGGAGCGCUAUGUUCCAGGUGUGGGGCAAGUCACAAAGAAGGAUACAAUAAAGCGGGAGGUCAUACAUUUGCUUUGUAUUUCUCCUAUGGCUCACAGCAAACUGUCCAAGGCCUUAAAUGAGGAUAUAAACCGUGAAACUGGUUUGGAUUGUGUGGUCAAUGAAAUAGCUGUCUUCAA